GGUAAAUGGGCAAAUCAAGAUGGCGUGCCCUGAUGAAGCAGGAAAUAGAUUUUGGUCUGAAUAAAACUUCUUACCGAUUAUAUUCGAAAAAGAGGUGUCUUCUUGAAGAGAACUGACAAGACUAUUGGGAGUAGCAAGACGGAGCAGAUAUCGAUUCUCUAAAUGGCUGCGAGGAAGUCUGGAACAGAUACCUACAACACCGGCCCCAUCAGCUAUCUUGAUGAUGUUCCAUUCAGGCUCAAUGACAAGUUCCGCUGUCCAGCCAAAGUGGGCCUUCCCAUCGGGUUCUGUCUGCCUGACUGCGGCACUGUCAUGGCGGACAUGCAGUACGACUUUUCACUGGAGAGGCGGACUGUGCGCUGGGGGGAGGAGCUUGCCCGUGCCCGCGCUGCGGAGGCGGAGGCAGCAGAAGCGGCGGCGGCUGCUGCUACCAACGGCCAAUCGGAGCAGGAGGCCCAGGCCAGCUCCGCGCAGGACUCUGACGGCGGAUUGGCCGGCGGCAAGCGGGCCCGCCCCUCCGACGAGCACGAGCUGCCUCCCCCGGCGCUGAACCCCGUCCUGGCGGGCCUGAGCCACAACGCCAUCCUCACCCCGCUGCCGGCCCCCAGCAUCGGCGCGACCAACGCCUCCAGCCAGCCUCCCCACCCCUCGCACGGCCUCAACCUGGCCGACUUCGAGCGUGAGGAGGACCCCUUCGACAAGCUGGAGCUCAAGACCCUGGACGACAAGGAGGAGCUGAGGAGCAUCCUACAGGCUCAGCCUCAGUCCGAGCCCGCCGUGCCUGCCCCGGCUCCCGCACCUGGCCCAGCUCCGGCCCCCGCCCCGGACCCGCGCCGCAGCUGCACCCCACCCCUGCAGUCCAAAGCGGGCCUGUACCACAAGCCCAACGGCCUGGUGGCGCUGCUGGACCUGGAGCGGGUGGCGGCGGGGGGCGUCAGCGGGUUCGGCCGCAUGGACCCCGACCGGCCGUGCAAUAUCCGCUCGCUCACCUUCCCCAAGCUCUCCGACCCGGGCGACUCCCCCACGGACGCUAACCCCUUCCACAGCGGCUACAUGUCGGCCCCCCCGCGCCCCGGCAUGACCAACGGCAACCCCCCCGCCCUGCAGAGGACUGUCCCGUCAUCCCACUCCCACAACGCCCUCCCACAGGAGCCGGCCACGUACAUGCACACACACACGCAGAACAAUGGCACGCCCAAGCAGUGUGCCCCCGUGUCUGGACCGCCCCCAGGGUCACUACCGUGCGGGGGAGCCCUGCUGAGCCUGUCCCCUGCUGAGCGCCAGUGUGUGGAGACCAUCGUGAGCAUGGGCUACUCCUACGAGGGCGUCAUCAAAGCCAUGCAGAGACAGGGACAGAACGUGGAGCAGGUGCUGGAUUACAUGUUCAUCCAUACCCGUCUGUGUGAACGAGGCUUUGAUGCCAGUGCGGUUGAAGAGUGUCUAGAGAUGUACCAGUGUUCAGAGGAAAAGGCCCUGGAGUUUCUCCAGCUCAUGUCUCGGUUUGGGGAGAUGGGCUUUGAGCGGGACACCAUCAAGGAGGUGCUGCUGGUGCACAACAACGACCAGGACAAAGCCCUGGAGGACCUGAUGGCCCGUGCCGCUACGGCCAGCUGAGCCCCGCCCCCGCCCGUUUCCCAGCAUGCCCGGUUCCGCCAUGUUGCAAGACUGCCACCCACAGAGAGAGAGAGAGAGAGAGAGAAAGGGAGAAAGAGAGAGAGGAAAGAAAGGAGUGGCAGGUGACAAGGGCUGUGGGUUGAGCCUUUUGAUAUUUAGUUCUGCUGUUGGAGAGAAGACAACAUUUUUUCCCAAAUGAACCCCCCACCCCCCACCCCCCAUGACCCUCCCUUGAGCUGCGCGGAUAGAGCACUGCUGCGAGGUUAGGCCUGUCUGUGGACCUUGUCCUCGCCUGCCAGGUCUCUGCUGAGAGGAAGGAGGGGAGGGAAGCGGAAGGAGAGCAUCCGACUCGUUUGUUUCUUGUCUCUUGUCUGUCUCUCGUUUGUCUGCCAUGAUCCAGCGGGGAAGGGGCAGGUGGCUCUGCGGACGCCGGGUGGCGCUGUUACAGUGAUGGGAGAAGGACACCCUCACCGGAGAUAACGGACUCUUGAGGUGGAUCUUCUCCGGCAACGAUGCUGCCAUCCCCUGCUGCUGCUGCUGCUGGUUCAAUGGCGUUCUGCUACCCAGACUGGAACACAAACGCACACACACACACACACACACACACACACAUACACAUUCGCAUACCCAUAUGCACACACACACACACACACACACACACACACUCACACGCACACACAUACAUAUACCUAUUUACAUACUCUUGUGAGAUAACACAACAAACUUAGACAAGUUAAAAGAAGUGUCCUUUCUGUUUUCUGCAACUGGCGGUUGGUUCACCUUUCACAGCUCCAAGCUGUUUUUGUUUUGGGUGGUUGCUUCAUUUUCAUUUGUUUAAUGUUUUUUUUUUCACAAAACAGAUAACUUAUUUUAGCAGUCUUUUGGCGGAUUCAUCUUCAUUGCCCUCUGUUCAUAGGGAGACACCUAAUGAAUCUAACACCUGUGAUUCGAGAUGGCAGAUUUAGCAUUUUACUAGUGCCCUCUAUUGGCUGUUGCAUUGGAAUGAACUGCAGAAGGCCAGAGGAACUUGGAUUGACUGAGGCGUUGGACGCCUCCUUGAACAGUACCUGAAUCAGUAUCGGCACACCCUGGCAUUUAGAGGCCCUUUUGUGAAUUCAGCACAGACACAUAAACACACAUACACUUUGAGUCACAAAAGAUAUGUUUAUUUAAAAGUAUGUAAAAAGAAGUACACUGACACUUUAAUAAAGAAGAAGGCGUGAUCGGAAAAAAAGUGAUGGGGUAUGGGUAUUUGUUUUCCUGUUUUGUUAUUUGUUUGUUUUGGAAGGAAGGUGGAAUGCCCACGUGACUGGAUUUAUGAUGUGAGAGAACUGGAUUUUUUUUUUUUUUGUGAUAGACUGAAGGUAUUAUGAUGGGGAGAGGGGAUGGUACAAUUUUGCAUAAGUAGCAUAAUGUUUGGAUUCCAAAAUGUCACAAGCGUUUUCAUUGGUUGUCAAGCAUUCUCCUUGAUCCUCUGGCCCGUAUCUUGCAAUGCCGAUGGUCUAAAAAGCUGCCAAAAUCUCCCACCGGUUGAAUUUGCAGUGUAAAGUUCUCAAUGACAAAAGGUGCAAUCUGAUGCUGUCAUUUACUACAAUGUACUUCAAGUGAUCUGUGCUUGUUAUGGUGUCUAGUAAGCUUGAUAGACUUCAUCACAGAUGUUGUUUUGUUAUGUUUUCUUAGCCCACUUCCUAACCACAUCCCUUGGUUUGAGAAAAAUGACAUGAUCUGUUCUAAAGUGCAAUUGUUCUGAGUGACCGUCAUUGCGAUUCAAAUUGAACGCGUCUUCCCUGCUUCACCGUUCUGACAUACCAGACUCCUCCCUGCCACACCUUACACCUUAUUCAAGCCCAAGAUGGCGAUAGGCUGCAUUUCAGCCCUGUCAUACACAUAGCUGGUGUGGCUGGUUAGACAACCACACUGCUCUAUACGCAACUCAGUAUGACAGUAUGCACUUAAGACAUGUGUUUGAUUUAUUUUUUACAUACAUACUCUAAAGAGAAGCAUACUGUAACAACAGAACUCUCAAUGAACCCUCAUCUGUGUGGCUCUCAAUAUUUUCUUUUUUGGUCUUUUUUGGUUCCGAUACCUGAACGGAAACUAACACAAUGAAAGUGUUUCUUCUUUGUGAUGCUGUGUUAGAGAGACUGGAGAGUUGACAUGUUAACAGGUGUGUGCCCACUGAAAGUAAUGUACUUCCUCAUUGGCAACAAUGUAAUAGGACCAAACCAAAUCUUACGAUAGAUUUCUGAAAUGUCUACAUCUGGCUGUGAUCAUAGCAUUGGAAGAUCAAACACUUUAGUGUUACACUCCUUUCUAAAAGAACCAUGCUAAUUUCCUUUCCAGACAAUAAAGUGAUAAUGGACA